AUGGAUCUUUCUUGCGCUCUUAGAUUCCACCAACCCAACCUCUCUCUUUCUCGCCGGAAACUUGAGUCUCCGAGCAUCCAUCCGCUUAAACAGUUCCUACCUACUAUUUCCCUGCCUGAUAUUUAUUCUAAUACCAAACCAUUUCUAAAGUUACCAAGGUCCCGCCACUCAACUGUCGUGACUGCUAAGUUGAAGAAGCCAAUAGAUGGUGUGAGUGAAGAGCUGAACUUGAUUGCUUCACAAAGUUUAGAUUAUGCCCCAGCUCGCAGAAGGGUUCGAUCAGCUUUUGUUCAAGUGCAACAGCAGCUUGAUCACCCCCUUUUCAAGAUGGCUCCUCCAGGGAUUAAGACAUACGAGUGGUACGAAAGGAAUUCUAGAGGUUUGGAAAUUUUUUGCAAAAGAUGGAUGCCGGAACCAGGAGUUCAAAUAAAAGGUGUUGUGUGUAUUUGCCAUGGGUAUGGUGAUACCUGCACUUUCUUCUUUGAAGGUAUUGCAAAGCGAAUUGCUGCAUCUGGAUAUGGGGUUUAUGCUUUGGACCAUCCUGGUUUUGGCCUAUCUGAAGGAUUGCAUGGUUACAUACCAAGCUUUGAUGAAUUAGCUGACAAUGUUAUUGAACAGUUUACAAAAAUUAAAGGACGUCCUGAGUUAAGAGGGUUGCCCUGCUUCAUGCUAGGGCAGUCCAUGGGUGGAGCUGUUGCUCUCAAAGUUCAUCUAAAAGAACCAAGCGCGUGGGAUGGCAUAGUCCUUGUAGCCCCUAUGUGUAGAAUUGCAGAGGAUAUUCAGCCUCCAGCACCAAUUCUGAAGGCAUUAAUGCUUCUUUCUAAAGUUAUGCCAAAAGCAAAGCUCUUGCCACAGAAAGAUCUAGCAGCACUUUGCUUCAGAGACCUGAAGAAAAAAAAAAUGGCUGACUACAAUGUUAUCUGUUACAAUGACCAAAUGCGAUUGAAAACUGCUGUGGAGCUCCUGAAUGCAACUAAGGAUAUUGAGAAACAAGUGGAAAAGGUUUCAUCUCCAUUGUUGAUUCUUCACGGAGCUGCUGAUAAGUUGACAGAUCCUCUAGUGAGCCAGUUUCUCUAUGAGAAGGCCUCUAGCAAAGACAAAACGCUGAAGCUCUAUGAAGGGGCCUAUCACAGUAUUCUUGAAGGGGAACCUGAUGCCAGAAUUUUUGCAGUCUUUGAUGAUAUUAUUGCAUGGCUUGAUUCCAGAUGCUCAGCUAAGUAA